GCGGGGUUCAAUCGGGGCGCAAUUCAGGGCGAUUCGCGGGGACGAUUCGAUGUCAUCCGUGAAACGACAAUGUUCGGCGUUGCGUGUGUGCCAACGAAGAGAAGGUGUCUCGACGAGCGGAGUGCGGAGACUGUGGAGUGUGGUCGUGUGGUGCUACAAAACGGGCCGCGGUAGAAAAUUGUAUUCAGUAGCGGAGCGCGCUGCGCACCGGACAGACGGUCGAUGAUCGUAUUCGAAUGCGCGCGAAUGCGAAACAUAUGCUUGUUACGUAUGUAUGUACAUUACGAGCGAUGCACCUCGUGCGCUUUCCGCGGAAGAGUAACGAGUGAAUUGAUCGGCACGCAACGGUCGGCCGCGGAUUCAACAUGUCCAUGAAGAAGGAGUCGCCUUGGGAUGUGGAGCUGCAUCUGGCGGCGGCACGUGGGGACGCCAAGCGUCUCCGUAUUUUAUUGGACUCCGGACGCGUUCACGUCGAUUGCAAGGACAAGGAUGGUACGACACCUUUAAUUUUAGCUGCCGCCGGUGGUCAUAUCGAUGCCGUGACUGAGCUGUUAAAUCAAGGAGCUGAUUCUAAUGCCAAAAGACUGACUGGGACAACAGCUUUGUUUUUCGCCGCCCAGGGCGGUUACAUGGACAUCGCGAGUCUACUUCUGGAGCACGGCGCGAUUGUGGAUUCGUGUAGUAUAGACGGGGGCACGCCGUUGUUCGUUGCAUGUCAAUAUGGUCAUCUAGAUGUUGUGGAGGGCUUGAUAGAGAGAGGUGCCAAUCCGAACGCUCACAUGAAAGAUGGCGCCACAGCACUGUUUAUCGCCGCUCAAAACGGUCAUCUUCGUAUUCUGGAGGUUCUCCUGGACCGUGGGGCGAAGACGGACGCGGCGAGAACAGACGGUGCCACGCCUCUCUGGAUCGCGUCGCAAAUGGGACACGAUCAUAUCGUUAGGAGGCUGUUGAAAGCCGGCGCCAAAGUCGACGCCACUAGACACGACGGCGCGACUCCGCUUUUCAAAGCCGCCCACAAAGGUCACACCGCCGUCAUCGGUGAGCUGCUCAAGUAUCGCCCCUCACUCGGUAUACUUCCAAAUGGCGAAAGUGCACUGCACGCUGCAGCCUUGGUGGGACACAUGACAGUCGCGAGACAGCUCGUGGGAGCGGGAGCAGAUCCUUUGCUCGUAAAUCAGGAAGGCAUCACGCCGCUUCAACUGGCCGUCAGGCAUUCGCAAACACAGGUCGCCAAUUACCUAAGGGAUAAAGUGAGAGUGCGAACCGCAUCUUGUUAACGAUACUUCCUCCUCUUUCGAUAUUAUUUGUAUGGAGAAUCUCGAGAUAUCAGCUCAAAUAUUUCUAAGUAAGCAGGAUAGAUACGCUAGACAGAGCAAUGCGAGAAAAAAUAAUUUGACAUAAUCUGUGUCUCCAUAAGAGUUUUAUUACUGAUAAGAAAAUCUUAUAAUGUUAUAUUUAAAAAAUUAUUUUAUUAUUUUGUUAUAUAUAUUUUAUUAAAGAAUAUAUCUGUUAUAUAUUUUUUGAAAAAAAAAAUAUAUGCGAGCAUUUUUAAUGCGUGUAAUAUUUGUUAUUCUCUUAUUGUUAAUAAAACUCUUAUUGAUACUGAAAAUAAAACUAAAUUACUUCUUUGUACGUUACUUUAUAUUACAUAAGAUAUAUUAAAUAUUAAUGAUGAUAGGAUGGUUGUGAAGAAUGAGACAAUGAAAAGAAGUUUAAUUUCAUGUAAUAAUAUAAGUGAACACAAGCACAAGUAAGUCGAUUAUAUUAAGAGACUGUAAGUGAGCAGAAAUCCGUCUAAGAGAAUAAUUAGGUCUGUUUAUUUUAAUUUAUUUUAAUCUUUUUUUCUUCGAAGAAUAUAUGCCAAUUUGAUUUUAAGCAAAGAAAGUAAUGUUAAAAGUGUAAUUGAAACGAACAGAUCAAUUAUUAGAUAAUAUAUAUAAUCACGAUACCGUUCCAUUCUGUGGUAGAUAUCCCGGUAAAAAUAUUUUAAUACAUUUUCUACCGUAAAUUUAGUAUGACCAAAAUGUUAUAAACGUCGAAAGAUGGUAUUUAUUUCUUUCUGUAUAACACAUCUAUUGUUAAAAUGUAUACCAUAGAUUUUUUUAACUUAUCUAUAAUCUCAUGUUAUGAAAAUUCAACGUCUGUCAGCAGUCUAGAGCAUAAUUACCAGAAAAGAGAUAUGGAGAUUUAUCAAAACUGAUGAGUUUCUAAGACUGACUGAUUUGCCUUGAAAUACAUAUUUUUUAUUGUUCUAUUAUUCUGUAAGAUCUUCUAUCUAUUACAUAAGAGGGAUGUGCAAGACGAUAAGGUUAUAGUUGUCAUAUUUGUUUAUAAUACAUUUUAUUAAAAUACGAAUAUAUCGAUGCACCGGACAAUGUUCUGCAAAAAAAAUUGCAACAGUUCAGCGUAUAUAUAUAUACGCCUCAAUUAUCAACAAAUAAAUUUCUUACCGAAAUAAAUAGAUUACGAGUGUGAUUUAAACACUUCAAUAUAUUUAAAUAUUUUGUAAUAAUUUUAGCUUUAUGGGAAAGUAAUAAGUAUUCUUCCCGUCUUCCUAACACAUAGCACUCGGUUCAUUAGUUGUAAUUGUUGUUAUUGUUAAUGAAAAAAAUUAAUAAAUAACUUUAUAAAGAAAAUAA